AUGAACUUUAACGAAGAACGGUUGAAAGAAGAGCUACAGAAAAGAUUUGUUAAUAAUCAAGUGAUUACAAGCAAGGAUAUGAAGACAAUAGUAAAUAUAUUAAUGGGCAUUGUUAAAAAAGAACAAAUAUUCCCUGAAAUACCAGAAUCACUGAUGAAUAUGGCGUAUAAUAUACUUUUUAUACAAUUGGAUAGAAUAAUUAACCCGAAUUCUGUAUAUAAUGAUAAUUUAUAUAGUAAUAAGGAUGGCAUGUAUAAUGGCGAUAAUAUAUACAAUACCAACAAUGAUAUGUCUAGUGAAGAAUAUAUUUCUAGUGAGGACUAUGUAUAUAGUAAAGAGUACAUAGACAAUGAAGAUGAUAUAUACAAUACCAACAAUGAUAUAUCUAGUGAAGAAUAUAUUUCUAGUGAGGACUAUGUAUCUAGUAGUGACAAAAAAUCUAUAUACAAUGAAGAUGACAUUAUAUCAAAAAUUAAUAUGUCAGUAAAUCAUGUAAAAAUGGUUAUAAACAUCAUUAUAGAAGAAGGGAAUAGACUAAAGAGUAUGGAGAAGGAAGCAUACUAUUACAAUUUAAUGAAAAGUAAUCAUUUGAUUGCGGCAGACAUAUAUAGAGUUAGACACAAAUUUUUCUGCGAUGCUAUUGAUAAACUGUGUAAUCACUUCAAAAUAAAAAAGUUAGACGAUGAAAUGUCUUCUAAUGAUGCACUAAUUAGUCUUUUCGAGCUAACUGAGUCUAAAGAGUCCUCAAGGCUGCAAAGUGCAUUAAACUUAAUUAUGAAUCACAGUGAUAAACUGGCCAUAGAAGAUAAAAAUGGCCUAGAACAAUCGAAUUCUCCCAUAUUAGAAAUAAGCGAUGAAGACAUUAGAUCGCUGCAACUACUUAGAAAAGUGAAAUGUGGUGAUAUAAUUGAUCUUUUAGAUAUAAUAUAUGAAUCAAUUUGUAUUAAAAAUCAAGAGGGCACAAAAACAAAUUCUCUUUAUUUCGGGUUAUAUAUACCACUAUACGAUAUGUUCUUGAGUGAGGAGGAUAUAAAGGACAUUGAAUUAUAUAAAAAAAAGAAUACAGAAAAAAUUCAGAAUGUUUUAAGUAUUCUACAAAAUAUAAAAAGUAUGACUAUUCGAGAUUCAAACCUAUGGUGGAAUAAUCUUAAACCCAUUAAUAAGCACCCUAAGUUUAAUCUGGAAAAGUUUAAAAAUAACGUAGUCCAAAAAUAUUUAGAGGCAGCAGAAGAUAAAAAACCGAUUGUUAACAACAAACCAAAGCAGUAUGAUAAUUUGGUUGGCGUGAUAAACGGUUCUUUGCCAGCUAAAAAUUCCUGGAAUAUUCCGACUUUCAUGAUUAUUAUAGCAAUAUUUUCAAUCCUUCUUUUUAUAGUAGGUAGUAUAACAGCAAUAUACCUAGUUAGUAUAAAUAUGAUUGUGUUUAGUAUAUUAUAA